CCAGGUGAGUAAUCAAACGCACAGGUGAAAUCGACGAUGUUGUAAAUACAGGUAUUUCAAAAAUGGCGACAGAAUAAAAAAAAUAGUUUGAAAUAUUUGACAGAUCAAGCACACAAAGUUAGUAAACAAAAAGUCCGGAAGUGUAAAUUCAUAAUGGGUUCUAAAGAAGAACUUGAUACCUUGAAAUUGGAGGACAUUUCUACUCUGUUUAAAGCGGGAUGUGUUGUUCUGAUAGCAGCAUUCCUCUUCCACACGAUAGGUAUGGCAACCAACCACUGGGCUGUAUCAGUAACGGAUGCCCAUGGCACCAUUCAGUAUAAUGGUUUGUGGGAGAAGUGUGCUGAUGUUAGAUUAGGGAAAGGAGAUUUUGAAUGCCAAGGUUUUAUCUGGUCAGAUCCACAAGUCAGUCAUUGGUUUCGUUAUGUACAGACAACAGAAGUGCUAGCAUUCUGUGCAAUGAUGAUAAUGAUUGCAUUUGCUUUAUUGUACCUGUUUGCUAAAUUCAUCAACGAAGAUCAUAAAAAGAAUCUAAGAGUUCUGGCCCUUGUUUUAGGUUUCCUCAGUGGUAUUCUUAUCAUUGUUGCCUGCAUUGUAUUUGGAUCACUUAAAGAUGUACAGAAACCAAGAAGGAUGCAAGCAGCCUCUGUCAACUUAUCAUGGAGCUUUGCCUUUAGUUUGAUUGGUGGAUUGUUGUCAAUAGCAACAGGAGUCAUUUUCACAAUUUCAUCAUAAACAUUUAAAAAAUUCAAAUAUUGAUAUCAGGAUAUUGUAUAUAUUCAUGUGUAAAAAUUUCAUAUCAUUUUCUAUAGUUAAUUUGAAGCAUUCAUACAUAAAUGUACAUAUAAUGAUAAUUUUAUAACAUUUUUUGUAUCUAACAAUAUCAUACAAGACCAUUACAUAAGGAGAAUAAAAUAUAAAAAAAACAAUUUUGAAGAUUUAUCCUCUGUAAGUACAUGCAUCUUAUUUUUAUUAUUGUUUGACUGUAGUACAGUUGGAGUGUAAGAAUACAAUUCCGAGUUGCUAAAAUGUAUACCGUAAACUGAUGUGUUGCUUAAAUAGCAAUUACCAGAUAGCAUUUUUGGAAAAUACUAAUGUUUUGGUCAAAUGUUUUUAAAAUUUUAUGAAUUUGAAUGCAAUUAUUCAUUAUCCUACAUUCACCACAUAUACUCAUUACUUUAAAAAAAAAAAAAUUGUAUAAACAAUAGACUAAAUCUCAGUUUCUCAAUAAAAAUGCUGUUUAAAAUGCUUGUUUUACACAAGUCUUAAGUGAGCUUGCUGUUGGAAAACUGUCCAUUAUUCUUAUUAAAACUAUGUACAAAUCAAACUGUAUCAUCUCAUAUUUCUUGUAAUUAAAUUAUUUUAUUAUAAUUAAAAGAAUAGAAGUUGGUGAACCAGUACUUUAAUAAAUAAGAGAAAUAGUUUUUUUUUCUACCUGUAUUUCACAUUUUGUCAGGAGAAAGAUGAUUUAAUGAGUUAUCAACAUUAUUUAGUAUGAGGUUUGUUUUAAUCAAACCGUUUUGCAAAGUUGUUUAGUUUCUGUAAUCUUCUACAAAACUUUAUAUGUAAGAAAUAAAUCAUCUUGUGCCAUUUUAAUUACAAUAUGUAAUCUUGACAAGUUUUAUCAUGUAUAUAUGGUUAUUUUUUAUAUCAAAUCUUGUAUAAAUAAAGAUAAUAAGCCUA